GGACUUUCUUUUUAGUUAACUUGGUCGCGAAACGGCAAGGUAUCACACUCUGAGCAAAAUGGACAUCGGAAUACAAGGAUUUUUUAAGAAUAAAACAGUAUUUCUAACGGGAGCUACAGGAUUUUUAGGAAAAGUGGUAACCGAGAAACUACUGAGAACAUCGGAGGUUAGCCGGAUUUAUGCCCUGGUUAGACCCAAGCGCGGAGUGCCCAUCCAAGAACGUAUCGCAACCUGGGAAAAGGACCCGGUGUUCGAGGUGCUUCUGAGGACGAAGCCAGAUGCCCUGCAUCGCGUGUGCCCCAUCGCAGGAGAUUGUGCCGCACCCGAUUUGGGUAUCAGCGACCAUGAUCGAAGGAUCCUGGCCGCCGAGGUGCAUGUCGUUAUCCAUGGAGCUGCUACUGUGCGAUUCGACGAGGUCCUGCACUUGGCCGUGGCCAUCAAUGUUCGGGCUACCCGUCUGCUGCUCCAGUUGGCCAAGCAGAUGACCAACCUGGUUUCCUACGUUCACAUUUCCACUGCCUACUCGAACUGCGUGAUUCGUGACAUUGCAGAGCGCUUCUAUCCGGAGCACUUGAACUGCAGCUCGGCUAAUAUCCUGGCCCUGAACGAUCUGGUGUCCAAGGAGGUGCUGGACAAAAUGACCCCUGCCCUGUUGGGCUCCUAUCCCAACACCUAUACGUACACCAAGGCCUUGGCGGAGGACGUGAUCCUGCGGGAGGCCGGCAACCUGCCCCUGUGUGUCUACCGGCCGGCGAUCAUUAUGUCCACCUACAAGGAGCCCGUAAGCGGGUGGGUGGACAAUCUGUUUGGACCUAUGGCCCUUUGCUUUGGAGGAGCGCGCGGCAUUAUGCGGGUCACCAUGGUGGACCCCGAUGCCAAGAUCGGUAUAGUGCCGGCUGACUAUUGCGUCAAUGUAGCUUUGGCCUGUGCCUGGCGAACGGCGGAGAAAUCGGUGAAAAGUGGCAAAACCACGAGGCCGCCCAUUUACACCUUUGCGCCCAGCGAGAAAAACCUUGUGACCUUUGGCGAGUUCAUCUAUACAUCGGUUCAGUACCGCGACGUCAUUCCGCUGACCAAGAUGUUGUGGUAUCCGUUUGUCCUCUGCAUCACCAAAGCAUCCCUGUUUCCGCUGGCUGCCUUCCUCCUCCACACUCUUCCGGGCUAUUUCUUCGAUCUGCUGCUGCGUCUCAAGGGCCGGAAGCCCAUUCUGGUGAACCUCUACCGCAAGAUUCACAAGAACAUCGCUGUCCUGGGUCCAUUCUCCAACACCACUUGGCACUUUGACACGUCCAACACGAAGGAACUGAGGCAGGCCAUGUCCCAGGAUGACCUCCAACUGUUCGGCUUUGACAUGGCCCGCCUGGACUGGGGCGACUACUUCAAGACGGUCAUGUACGGAGUGCGACUGUAUAUUGGAAAGGAGCAGCCCACCGCUGAGUCCAUCGCCAAGGGUCUGAAGCUGGGGAAGCGUCUAAAGGUGCUACACUACACAUUCGUAUACUCGUUGAUCUCCGUUGCUGGCUACGCCCUGUGGUCUCUAGCCAAGCUCUUGGUCUAACAUCCCCCUAGGGAGUCGAGAAGUUGGAAGAGUCUUUGGAAUUCUAAGCUGUCUUAAUAUUUUAUGCUUAAAAUUAACGAGGUUAUAAAAAAGCAACAAAGAACGCAA